AUGCCACGAUUGACGGUUGGAGCUAAAAAUGUGCUCUAUCCUUUGCAAAAGACAUUUGUGACAGGCAGUCGCAAGCAAGAGCAGGUAGGAAUAAGGUCGCUAGCCUCAGUGGUGGAUGGCACGUCGAAGAAAGUGGAUGCUGCCCGCGGCGGCAAGGAAGAAGACAUGAAAGUGAGCGAGAGAAUCUAUGAGUGGACAAGAACAGGAUUGGAGCAAGGCAGGGAACAUUUUAAAGUAGGUGGUACUAAGGUCUACUUACCCAAGGCCAGAAUAAUCCUGCUAAGACCCAACGCGAAGCACACCCCGUACCAGGCCAAGUUCAUCGUCCCGAAGUCGUUCAACAAGCUGGACCUAAGGGACUACCUGUACCACAUCUACGGCCUGAGAGCAAUGAACAUCACAACGCAGCUGCUGCACGGGAAGUUCAACCGCAUGAACCUGCAGACGACCCGGUUCAGAGAGCCGCAGAUCAAGAAGAUGACAAUCGAGAUGGAGGAGCCGUUCAUCUGGCCCGAGGAACCUCACGCAGGCGAGAGCCCAUUCUGGGACAGCACAACGCCCGACAACCUGGAAAAGUACCGUGAGGAAAGACUCAACUGCCUCGGGUCUGACGCCAACAAGCCGGGCACCGCCUUCGGCGGGAUCAUAGGGCCCUACAAGCGGGUGGCCCAGCCUUUUGUGCCGCGGUUCUGGAAGAGAGAGAUGGACAACAAGCGUGAGCGGUACGAUGCAGAGCUCCAGCGCGCAAACAAGCUGAUAGCUCUAGAUCAAUACGUGAACAAGGAAUUGCGUUAA